CUGAUCCAGAUUCAUGAAGUCAGGCUUUAAUUUGACUUUUCAUGUUAUAGAAAUAUAGAUUUAACUCUACAGUUAAAGUGCAGGGUGUUCACUGAUUAGCUUUAAGUGAUAAUGUGAGUGGAUGUCACAACGUGCUGUCUGUUAUCACCUGUCACAGGUAAUCAGUCGUUUUAUGAUCAGUCCAAGGACUCGUCCAGCAGCACUUUUCAAAUUAAAAGUACUCACAGGUAUUUGAAGUAAAACACGGCGUCCGACUGGAUACAAACACAGUCACUUAGAAGAAUGCUGUAAUUGAAUUCAAAUCAAAUGAGUUCCAAUAAGAGUGAAAAUUACAGUACGAGUACGGUGCUGAACUCUGAAGCAGCCUGACCACCAUGCCAGCUUUUAUUGUGAAAAGCUGUGCAGAGUCCACAGCAGGCAGAGUGCUUACAUAAGCACAAAGUUUACUUCAUCACGUGGAAGAGGACGAAGGCUGCAUAAAACCGGCUGCUGUCACAGCCUGACAGACGAGGCUGGAGGGCAGCACAGGAACAUGCAGACCAUCUUUGCAAAGAACGGAGAGGAGACUGUGGAGCCGGUGGAAGCUCAAGUCAAAGGGUCCAUCCCGUCCUGGCUGCAGGGCACUCUGCUGAGGAACGGACCCGGCCUUUUCUCUGUGGGCGACACCGAGUACAACCACUGGUUUGACGGCAUGUCGCUUAUCCACAGCUUCACCUUCGAGAAGGGCCAGGUGACCUACAGAAGCAAGUUUCUGAAGAGCGAAACCUACAAAAGGAACAUCAAGGCCGACAGGCUUGUCGUCACCGAGUUUGGAACCAUGAUCUACCCGGAUCCCUGCAAAAACAUCUUCUCCAGGGUAUUCACGCACCUCUGCAACAUCAUCCCUGACUUCACCGACAACAAUCUGAUCAACAUCAUUCGCUAUGGUCAGGACUACUACGCCUCCUCUGAGAUCAACUACAUCAACCAGAUCGAUCCUGCUACCCUAGAAACCGUUGGCAGGCUAAACUACAGGAACCAUAUCGCUCUGAACUUGGCGACAGCUCACCCGCACUACGACAGCGAGGGCAACACCUACAACAUGGGCACUGCCAUCAUGAGCUUUGGAGGCCCCAAAUUUGUCAUCUUCAAAGUCCCAGCUGACGCUUCAGAUCCAGACAACAAGAAGCCGGCGUUGAGGAAAUGUCAGCAGAUCUGUUCCAUCCCGUUCCGCUCCGCUCUGUACCCGAGUUACUACCACAGCUUCGGCAUGACGGAGAACUACAUCGUGUUCGUGGAGCAGCCCUACAAACUGGACAUGGUCAAACUGGCCACCGCCUACUUCAGAGGCAUCAGCUGGGGAAAGUGUCUCCGAUUCGACAAGGAUGACAUCACUCUGUUUCACGUUAUCAACAGGAAGACAGGAAAGGAAGUGUCCACACGUUUCUAUGGUGACGCCCUGGUGGUCUUCCAUCACAUUAACGCGUACGAGGAAGACGACCACGUGGUGUUCGACCUCAUCAGCUACAAGGACGGCAGCAUGUACGACAUGUUCUACAUCGAGAACAUGAGGCAGGACACCGACAAGUUCAUCCAGUACAACAAAAGUUUCGGCUCGUCGCUCUGCCAGAGGUUCGUCCUGCCGCUCAACGUCCACAGGGAAACUCCCAGAGGAUCCAAUCUGGUGACUCUGACCAACACCACGGCCCAGGCAGUGAUGCAGGAAGACGGCUCCGUGUACUGCAAGCCGGACGAUCUGUUUGAAGCUCUGGAGCUGCCGUGCAUCAACUACAAAUUCAACGCAAGAAAGUACAGAUACUUCUACGGCUCCAAGGUGGAGUGGUCUCCUCACAAGGUCAAACAUCUCAGCCAUCCACAACAUCUUCAAAUGUACGACUGCGCUGAGUCAACUGAAUCGGUCCACCACUUUGGUCCAAAAAUACUUGACGGCUUGUCACGAAACAGCCAUGGUGUCGUGGGAAAACCGAACAGACCAAAGUGGCGGCCUGAUCAACCGACACCUGAUCUCUGCUUGAAUUCUCUGUCUUCCAUCCAACAGAUCGCCAAGUUUGACCUCGUCACAAGGAAACACGUCGAGUGGUCCGAGGAGAACUGCUUCCCUUCAGAGCCGGUGUUUGUUGCAUCUCCGGGAGCUGUGGAGGAAGACGACGGAGUGAUUUUAUCGUCCAUCAUCUCACCAGAAGCAAACAUCUCUCCGUUCAUGCUCGUCCUCGAUGCCAAAACCUUCAAGGAGAUCGCUCGAGCAAACAUCCCCACAUCCGUCCACAUGGACCUUCACGGACACUUCAUCCCUGCCGUGUGACUGUGAACCAUCCAGCUGGAUUCAUGGACUCAGCUUAGUUCAUGUACCAGCUCCUAAAUCUGAGUCCGACUCACAAUUUACUCCAGAAAAUACGAUGACACGAAGAAGUUUGAUUAGAUUUGUAAGAGAGAGUAACAACAGAGAGCGAGCGCCGGCCUCCAUGAAGCUGUCAUUAAUCAGAGAAAUAAAACCACCUGAUUGUUUCACAGCGGGUAGUCAGCAGGUAUAGACACGCCCACAGAAACACCUCAGCUCCUCCCACCUCCGGUCGGCGGUUUCCUGUCUGAAUACGUCUUAGCGCUGCGUGUAAACUCUGGAGUCACUCUUUACAUUGUUGAACUCAAACUGUUGGAUUUUUGUGCCGUUGUGCCAAAAAAUGAACUCAAAGCACUUUACCAGACUAUUUAAUGUUCAAAAUGUGCAUGUACAUAAAGACACAGUGAGUCCAUCAUCGCUUCCACAGCGCCACCGUCAGGACAGAGUUCUGCACAGUGAUAUAAAGAAUGAAACAUUAAACAUGACGCCUCGCCUGGUUUCUUCUCACUGAUACAGGUCACACCCUUACCAACAGUGAAAACAUGUUUUCAGAACUAAAGACCUCCAGCUGUGAUUCACAUGUUCAGGUAUUCUGGUGAUUUUUGAGGAGAACACUGAUCCAGUCCACGAGAAUCUGGAUGUGUACGUCUUGUGUUUUGUGUCGAUCGUUUGUGACAGAAUAAAACUAAAGUUUAAGUUUCAUUUGACGUUUUUAAUAAAACUUUAAAGACACUUUGAUACUUUUCAGAUUCAGCUCAGACGCUCAUCAGCUGAAACCAACGUCACAUCAGACCUGCUCGCUUUUAGAGAAUACACUUUAACUCUGGUUUAAAAUUUGCAUUGCAAAUAUUCAACAUCAGGGAGGAGUCUGAACAAACCGCUCUCUACCAGUCCGGAUCAAACGGGUCUAAACUGGAACUGGUUUAGUUUUUUGUGGCUGGCUGUCCCGAUCCAGAUCCAGAGAGGAAUUCUGGGUAAAAACCUGACUGUAGUGGCUGUUUUAACCUUUGCAUGUUUGGAAAACGCCUCAUGGGGCGGAGGAGCUUUCUUCAUGGAUAGCAGAGCUCGUUAGUGUCUUUCAGCUGGCUGUCAGAGGGUCCUUAAACGCACCAUCGGGGAGAGUUUUCAAACCAGUCUCUGCUCUCAACUGCAUCACCAUGACGACGACAUGAAACGGGUACGCUUCUUUAAAUGCUGUCAGGUGAUGAAGUUUCAUGAUUUUAAUGAAGCUCAAAUCAAGACAGAAGAAAAAGCAAACGCUCCUCAGGUCAAACUGUCAUGAAAUCCUCCAUCGCAGUAAUUUAACCGACUAGAAGUAAACUCGUUAAUGUGAAUGCAAAAUUCAGAAAAACCGAAUAUUACUGAACAGCAGGAGUUUCAUGAUGUUCACUGAAUAUAAUGUUUGAAAGUUUCCUUUGGCACCGUGUUCAAACCUUUCUGUGGAAGUUAAUGUUCAUUUCAAACUCCAUGUUUGAAGAGAAGCCUGAACUUCACAAUAAAUCAAACUUUAGGUUUAAAAUCAAAUGAUUGUUGAUUUUCAUCAGUUUUAAUUUGACAGAAAAGUUCAGUUUGCACCUUUAUUUUGAAGUUCCGGCUGCAGCUCUGUAACCUGCAUGUCACGUUAAUGUCGUUAGAAUUAGAAGAUGAACUUUUCCAACAUGAAAUGAAAGCGGAGUUUAAAUUUCGCAUGGCCGCCCGUUGAUUCUGCUUCUGCAGAUGUGAACAGGACUGAACUGAAAACUCUGCAGGGUUCAUCAGAAUCAUGGGAAUUUAUUACAUCAGCAGUUGCAGCAAAAACAGUUUAAAAUCUUCCUCCGUCAUCAAACUCCGCCCUCCGACGUGCCGACAGAGUCUGUAAGUCAUUGAAGUCGGCGCCGCCGCUGCUUCGAGGAUUUUGGUGUUUAGUGAAAAGAAAAACGUUUUCCUCCUCCAGCCUCUCGGUGCUGGUCAAUACAAUCCCAUAAUGCACCUGGUUUUGGCUGAGUACCAUCUGUGCUGACCCGUCGGCCUCGUUAAGCUCGUUAGGGGCGGAGCCUGGGACACGAAGCAGCAGCCACAAAUCAGAGCAGAGAAGAAGAAAAAAAAAAGUAACACAACGUUGAUGCUGAAGAACAGGCACGUUGGAAUACUGAGUGUGUGUGUGUGUGUGUGUGUGUGUGUGGUCUAUCACUGUUUACAACAGUGGAAAAAACUGUUGGUUUCUCACA